AUGGCCGCCCCUGGGGUUCAGUCUUUGAAGUGUGUCGUCACUGGCGACGGUGCUGUCGGAAAGACAUGCCUUCUCAUCUCCUACACCACAAACGCCUUCCCCGGCGAGUACAUUCCUACAGUAUUCGACAACUACUCGGCUAGUGUUAUGGUCGAUGGAAAGCCCAUCAGCUUGGGACUCUGGGAUACUGCUGGACAGGAGGACUACGACAGACUUAGGCCGCUAUCAUACCCGCAGACAGAUGUCUUCCUAAUUUGCUUCUCGAUCGUCAGCCCGCCGUCAUUUGACAACGUCAAGGCCAAGUGGUACCCAGAGAUCGACCAUCACGCGCCCAACGUUCCCAUCAUCCUCGUCGGAACCAAGCUCGAUCUUCGCGAAGACCCCGCCACCCUUGAGAGUCUUCGCGCCAAGAGGAUGGAACCUGUUUCGUACGACCAGGCGCUUAUCUGCGCAAAGGAGAUUAGGGCGCACAAGUACCUUGAGUGCUCCGCAUUGACGCAAAGGAACCUGAAGAGUGUGUUCGAUGAGGCCAUUAGGGCUGUCCUCAACCCCCGACCCCAGCCGGCGAAGGUUAAGAAGUCAAAGUGCACCAUUCUGUGA